CCGUGCCCGCAUCCGUCUCGCUCCGCAGACAGCGAGUGGCAGGACAACAUGGAGCCGGGCAAGAUGGCGCUCCCCAAGAACUCUCCGAGAGAUGCCUUGGUAAUGGCACAGAUCCUGAAGGAUAUGGGAAUUACAGAGUACGAACCAAGGGUUAUAAACCAAAUGUUGGAAUUUGCGUUCCGAUAUGUGACUACAAUUCUGGAUGAUGCAAAAAUUUAUUCAAGUCAUGCUAAGAAACCUAAUGUUGAUGCAGAUGAUGUGAGACUGGCAAUCCAGUGUCGUGCCGAUCAAUCUUUUACCUCUCCUCCUCCGAGAGAUUUUCUACUGGAUAUUGCGAGGCAGAAAAACCAAACCCCCUUACCUAUGAUUAAGCCAUAUUCUGGACCCAGACUGCCACCUGACAGAUACUGCUUAACAGCUCCAAACUAUAAGCUGAAGCCCUUACUUAAAAAGGGACCUAACCAGGGAAGACUAAUUCCACGGUUAAGUGUCGGUGCUAUUACUAGCAGACCUACCACCCCUACCAUAGCAACCCCACAAACAGUGUCUGUCCCAAAUAAAGUUGCACCUCCCGUGUCAGUGACAAGCCAAAGAUUUACGGUGCAGAUUCCACCUUCUCAUCCCACACCUGUCAAACCAGUUCCUGCAACAACCGCAGUUCCAAAUGUUCUGAUUAAUCCUUCAAUGAUUGGGCCCAAAAAUAUUCUUAUUACCACCAACAUGGUUUCAUCACAGAACGCGGCCAAUGAAUCAAACCCAUUGAAGAGAAAACAUGAAGAUGAUGAUAAUGAUACUAUGUAAGGAUUACAGUCUAGAUGUACUUCAGAUGUGUAGUUGGUUUUGAGCCCAAUAUACUGAACUAGAACAUUCUAGAUCUCAAGUUUUAUCUUAGAAAACUUAAGAUAGCUGCAAUAUUUUUCAUAUUCCUGCAAACCGUUAGAUUUCUUAAGUAAGGCUACCAAUGUUUUUUUUCCCCCCAUUGGGCUUCAAGUAGAAAAAGUUCAGCACUUAUUUCUUAAUAGUUUCACUAAUGUUGAGUCCUGCUAUGGCAGUUGUAUUUUUGAAAACAGUUUUCUGCCAUGUGUCACUGACAGCAUUUAAGUUUCAGUCUCUGCAACCUGAUCAGUGGACUAAUCUUUAACAGCAUAAUUUCUAAUCUGCAUUGAAGUACUCCUUUCUUUGGCAAGGUAAAAUAGUCACUUUUAUUGUCAUCAGCUUUUUAAACCAAAUCUCUCAAUUUACACCUUUUUGGAGAGGAUGGAUUUAGAGGGAUUCUAAGUCCAAUUUUGAAUGUACUUAAGUUGUUUUUUGGCCUUUCCUAACCUACCUCCUCAACCCGAUUUCAAACUCCCAUUCACUUCCUGCACCAUCUCCUCCCCAUGAGCUUAAAUUUAUCCCCAUUGCUCUUACACUUAAAAGGCCAAAACUGGAAUUUUCAAAAUACCAUUCCUGAUAAUACACCUUAGCAUCAUUUUUAUAUUUUUAAAACCUACUUGAUAUGCCUGCUGUUCUACAGUUCACUUGACCCUGAAUGUUUCCAUUUUUCCAGAGCACUUGAGUUUUCUCCCUUGUCUUCUAUGCCCAUUACACUUUACUCUGCUUUUGACAGGUAAUUUUGGGUCAGUUACAUUCAGUUGCAGUCUUAUAUUCCAAGUAGAUAACUCCACCAUAUUUCACAUUUUGAAAUUUCACACAGGUGACGCUAUUGCUUAAAAUCUGCCUUGAUAAGUAUAUUUGCACUAGACCUGGGCAAAACCACUAAGGGGCAAGUGUUAUUUUUCCUUUUUACCAUAUGCAGAUAGAUACGCUUUGAUCACUACUGCUUGAACCCUCCUCCUAUUGGUAUAAUUCAGAUCAGUUUUCUAGCUGAUUGCUGAGGAUGUCGCACUUAAGAUGGGCUCAUACCUGACAGUUUCCUACUGGUUUUCCUUCCUCUAGAAGGCCUACCACAACAACUCAGUAGUGUGAUAUGAAUUGCCCUUAGUAGGUGCGCUCUACGUAGGGCCCCCAGUAGAAACCCAUCCAGAAACACCAUAUUGGGACACCGUAUUGGGAACGAUUUCAAAACUUUCAAAACUAUAAGCAGGUUUGUGCAGUUUUUGUUUAACUUUGACAUACUCAACAUAAGAGUACUUUUACAGAAUUGUCUAAGAUUAAUUUUCAUAUUUGAAAUCCCUCAAAAUUUAAAACACAAGUAAGUUUCAUCUUAGGAUGGUGCUUCAUACAUCUGAGAAAACCGAUCUGGUAACAGGGAAGAAAUGUCUCAUCCUAGUUUGAGUGUUUGGGGAUGUUAGGAAAAGGUGGUAAACUUACACAAACAGAUCUGAGCAGCAUCGUAGGAGAGAAAUGUUCAUUAUUUAUAGCAUAGGAUGUCAUUACUUGAAUGUUCUCAGGGAGGCAGCACGUCACAAGGCCUAGGUUCUAGCCCUGGCUCCAUCAUCUACCACCUGUGUGACCUUACUUCACCUCUGAGCCUUGUUCUCCUUGCUAGUAUAAUAGGAAGGUAACAGCGACCCUGCCUACCUCACAGGGAUGUUGUGAGGGCUGAACUGGUGUAUGUGAAAGUUCUUCCAAAACUGUAAAAUGCUGUAUAACUAAGAAAUUAUUAAUGUAUAUUCCAAGAUUAUUAAUAAAAUUGAUGUUUAUCACUUA